AUGACUCAAGGUUUUUCUGAGAUCACUGCAAUCUGCACUGGCCUGAUUGGACUGAUUGGUGCGUCUGCUACGACUGGCUCGCCAAUGUGGAAGGUCACAGUUUCCAAGGGAGAAAACAAAACUGACAUGGAGAGAUGCUGGGAGGGAUUGUGGAUGAACUGCUACAGUCAGGCAAACGUCAGGAUGCAGUGUAAGGUGUACGACUCCUUGUUGCAUUUGUCCCCUGAUCUGCAAGCUGGAAGAGGCCUAAUGUGCUGUUCAGUAGCCUUGUCAGGGUUAGGGCUAUUGUUCGCUCUAGCAGGAAUGUUGGUUUCGAAUAUCAAAUGGGUUAAAAAUACGAUCCUAAUGGUUGCUGGAGGAACACAGUUCAUGGCCUGCAUCUGUAUUUUUAUACCUGUGUCAUGGACUGGUCAUGUCAUCUUAAGGGAUUUGUACAAUCCACCACUGACAGAUACCGAAAAAAGAGAAAUGGGAGGAGCCCUCUACAUCGGUUGGGUUACUGGAACUUUCCUCUUUGCCUCAGCCUUGCAUUUAACCUGCAAAUGUUUCCUCUCAGACAACAAACCAACUAUGACAAGCUAUCACCCCGUCUCAACCCUCAAGUCAACUAGGAAUUCUCACAACAGCAAAAUUUUAGAUUGCUCCAGAAAUGACAGAGAAGCGCUGGUGAUCCAGUCGACAUCCGCUUUUUUUUAGAUUCAGAAGAUUAUGCACAAUUCCUUAGUAGUUGCUGGAAUUGCCUUUUAAUAUGCAUGACUUGGCUUAAAUAUUUGCAGUAUCCUUCAAAAAGCUUCUCACAAUAGCUUGCCUGAACUGAUGUAACUCAGUCAUCACACUUCUCUGGGUUGUGUGGUAUUUUAUUAAAUACCAUAUUUAGACGGCAGGUUAUUCAGAGAUAAUAUAUUGUCCAUAGUUAUGAGUGUAUUAAUGGUCGUUUGUCUCAUGUGCUUUUGUCUCGGGCAACUUGUUGAAGGUGCAUCCUACCUGUUGACAACUGGAGAUCAGCACCACCCUUCCUAAUCAGUGAUAGAAAAUGGAUGGAUUUUUAUUAAAAGAAA